CACAGCAGUCUUAGCACUAAAUAAAACGCUGAGUGCUCGAUGAUACCGAUUCAGACGUUUCUGUAAAUCCUUCAGCUGAAGAACUAAGAAUUAGCAGUCCGCUGUGGUCAGUAAUAACAUUAGUUAUUAUAACUUACCGAAGACAAAAAAAACAAACAUGAGUGUUAGCAAACUUGUCUUGUGUGUAUUUUUGGCAGCUACACUAGCCAUCGCAACAGCUACACCUUUAGGAUUUAUCGGAUUUAGCAGUGGUUAUGGUAGUGGUUAUGGUGGUGGUUAUGGAGGUGGAUAUAAUGGUGGAUAUUACGGAGGCUACGGUGGUCACCGAGGAGGCUAUGAUAAUUACGGAGGCAGCUAUGGAGUAGGUGUUGGAAUCGGUUUCACUGGAGGUUACAGUGGCUAUGGUCACCAAGGAUACGGUGGUUAUGGCUACAACGAUGGAUAUGGCUACAACAGUGGAUAUGGCCAUCAAGGUGGAUACUAUGGGGGCAAUCAGGGUUAUGGACAUGGCUACGGACACGGUUAUGGGCAUGGAUAUGGACACCGUUAUUAAUUAUUUCACAUAAUCAUUAAACACAGCAUAUCUUCCUUCUAAAUCAAACAGUUUUAUGUUUAUUUUUUUUUCGUAAAAUGUACAAAUAAUCUUCUAUCUAUAAUAUUUUUACACAUAUAUUUAAUAAAUUGAAGAUCUUUUUUUUUAUUAUUA